UCCAAGCGGAUGCGGAGUUUGUAUUUAAACAUUUAAAUAACAGAAAUAAUAAUAUUGUAUCUUGUAAAAGUUUACUCCGACCUACUUUUUUUGUCGAGUGAAUUACAGAUUUGAUUUUUUAUUUUGAAUGUUGCCAUGAUUUGGGAAAAUAUUUGUGUUGUUUUUUCAUUUCUUUUGGCAAUAGCAGAUAUAAACUAUGCCAAUUUGAACAAUUUGAAAACCUUUCGUUGUGCUAAUGGAAAGUACAUCUCUGGUAAAUCUAUUUGUAAUGGAAAUAACACUGAUUGUGGCGAAAGGGAUAGAAGUGAUGAAUUCAGUGCUUGUGACAAAAUUUGUGGACCUGGAAAAUUCAAAUGCGUGGGAGAUAGAACUUGCUUGAAUUUUACUGCUUAUUGCAAUACGAUCAAAGAUUGCGCAGAUGGUUCUGAUGAACACCGUUGUGGAAACGAAGUCAGAAUUAAUGAUUGUCAUUUCCACGAGAGAAAAUUUCUUUGCUAUGAUAAACUCAAAUGUCUAGACUUGGAAUACACGUGUGAUGAUAAUUGCAACUGCUUCGAUUGUUCUGAUGAGGGUGAAAAUUGUACAAAAACUGUGCCUCAUGGACAUUUACUCGUUUAUUCGACACCGAGCAGAAUCAAGGUUCUGAAUUUAACAACAAAUCACCUCAAUAUAAUUGAAAAUCUGGUAGAAGUUGCCACUUUAACAGCCGCACACGAUUAUAUCUAUUUUACAAAAUAUCAAGACGACAGUAGACGCCUUUAUAAGAUCUCGAUCAGUUCUAAAAACACGAGUGAAGUCUUGCAAUGGAAUGAGCCCAUCACUUCAGUCUCCAUUGAUUACAUCACGAAUAACAUAUAUUUUUCAACCGAAAGAGCGGUUUUGGUUUGUACACGUGAGCAUAAAAAAAGCUGCGAGCAUAUUCUGAUGUCUCGUGAUGCAAGCAACGUUGCUUUGGCUCCCAGAUCAGGAAUGUUAUUUUUUACGCGAAGAGCUUCUCAGGGUGAUAAAAAAUUCAUUUAUAAAGCCGGUAUGGACGGAACAGAAGAAGAUAUCGCAGUCGAUGGAACUUUCUCUGAUCCUGUUUCGUUAACAGUAGAUGAAUCAACUGAAACAUUGUACUGGUUGGAAAAGCAAGAAAAUAAAAUACAUUCUAUUCGAUAUACUGGAGGAUCUGAUCAACUAAUAAAAUCUGUGGAACACGGAGGAAAUAAUUCAACAGCAUCCAUCACAGUUCUCCAAAACAAAGUACUCUUCGCUAAAAAUCAAGACAAUAAAAUUACCAGCUUGGAAGGCUCGCAAGAAUUUACUCCAUUUUAUGCGGAUGUCAAAACACUUUCAAUCGAGUGGCUGUAUGCGUAUAAUCCUCUUCAGAAUAAGAUUGCCAAAAUGAUGAAUCCCUGUUCAACGAAUCCAUGCAAUGAAUCAGACGAUGAUCUAUGCGUGUUACGUCCAUCUUCGUCAAACAGUUUGAACUCCACUUGCUUAGAGAGAUAUAUUCCUUCAUAGGGUAGUCGUUAUCAUAUUUUCGAGAAUAAUUUUUUUUUGUCAUGUGUAUGUAAAAAUAUAGCAUAUUAUUAUGAUGCAAUUUAUUUUAAAGUAGAUAGUAUAUCUACCUAGUUUGCAAAAAAAAAAAAAAAAAAACUUUUGGAAGAUUUUGACCAAAUUUGUCAGAAAAAAUUCAUUUUCAGUCAAAAACCAUUUCGAAAAAUUACAGUCCUGAAGAUAAUUUGAUCGUCGAAUCUCAAAUACAAAUACCCUCCUAUCUUUUAGACCUGAUUUAUUUUUCCUAAAUCAGAUAAGGAAUGGGGGAAUGGGCUGUAGCGAGAGAUUAUACGUAGGUAACUUUUUCAGAGUCAUAUCUCACAUCCAUGGGGCACCUUUGGAACUAAAAAUUUUUCUGAGGGACUUUCAAAUCAAAAUAAAGGUCUUCGCUGAAUUUGAUCGAAAUGCUCUGACUUUUUUUUUUUUUUUUUUCAUGAUCCACCUCAAAUGUAUUCAU